AUGGAUAAGAAGGAGAACUUGUCAAUCUUUGGUGAAGCAGCUCCAUACCUGAGGAAAACCGCAGUGCAGCUGAAGGCAAUCCAGAAUGUUCCGUUUGACGGCAAGAAAAAAAUAUGGGUUCCUGAUGAGAAGGAAGUUUACAUUGCAGCAGAGAUAAAGGAACGAAGCAAUGGGAAGAUCAUCGCAGAGACAGCUGCUGGAGAAGUAAUAACUAUUAAGGAAGCGGAGGCUCAGGAGAUGAACCCACCUAAAUUUGAGUUGGUCGAAGAUAUAGCCAUGCUCACCCAUCUGAACGAGGCCUCUGUGCUCCACAACCUCAAGCAAAGAUACUCAAACUGGCUGAUCUAUACUUACUCGGGACUAUUUUGUGUGGCACUGAACCCUUACAAGUGGCUUCCUGUGUACACGCCAACAGUGGUGAUGGCCUAUAAACGAAAACGUAAAGGAGACGCUCCCCCACAUAUAUACUCCAUUGCGGACAGCGCCUAUUUUGAAAUGUUGGGCAAUCGUGAGAACCAGUCCAUGUUGAUCACGGGUGAGUCCGGUGCUGGGAAAACAGUGAACACUAAGAGAGUGAUCCAAUAUUUUGCCAUUAUUGCAGCUCAAGGAGAGACAUCAGUCAAGAAGACGGCGUCCCUCGAGGAUCAGAUCAUUGAGGCUAACCCAGCCAUGGAAGCCUUUGGAAAUGCAAAGACUGUUCGAAAUGACAACUCUUCCAGAUUUGGCAAAUACAUAAGGAUCCACUUUGGUCACACAGGCAAGCUUUCCUCGGCUGAUAUCAACACAUACUUGCUGGAAAAAUCCCGUGUUGUAUUCCAGCAGCCGGGGGAACGCAGUUACCACAUUUACUAUCAGAUCCUGUCUGGGAGGAAAAAGGAACUUCAAGACAUCCUGAUGGUCUCCACCAAACCCCUGGACUAUCACUGCUGUUCUCAAGGUGUAAUCACAGUGGACAGACUGGACGAUGGUGCCGAGUUAAUGGCGACUGAUCAUGCUAUGGACAUCUUGGGCUUUACUACGGAAGAGAAAUACAACUGCUACAAAAUGGUGGGGGUGAUCAUGCAUUUCGGGAACAUGAAAUUCAAGCAGAAGACCCGAGAGGAGCAAGCUGAAAUAGACGGAACAGAAAGUGCUGAUAAAGCGGCCUGCUUACUGGGAGUCCGCUCAACAGAUCUCAUCACCAGCCUACUGCAUCCCCAAGUGAAGAUCGGCAGUGAAUGUGUGACUAAAGAUCAGAACGUUGGGCAGGUCCUCUAUGCCGUUGGAGCUUUGGCAAAAGCCACCUAUGACCGGAUGUUCCAAUGGCUCGUGAUACGGAUAAACAAGACCCUGGACACGAAGCUGCCUAGCAAGUUCUUUAUCGGAGUGUUGGACAUCGCAGGUUUCGAGAUUUUUCAGCUCAACAGCUUUGAACAGCUGUGUAUUAACUUCACCAAUGAGAAGCUGCAGCAGUUCUUCAACCAUCACAUGUUCGUGCUGGAACAGGAAGAGUACAAGAUGCAGGGCAUCGAGUGGACUUUUGUUGACUUCGGCCUGGAUUUGCAGGCUUGCAUUGACCUCAUCGAGAAGCCGUUGGGAAUCCUGUCAAUUCUGGAGGAGGAGUGCAUGUUCCCGAAGGCCACAGACAUAACCUUCAAUGCAAAACUCCACAGUAAUCUCCUGGGAAAGUCACUGAACUUUGCUAAACCAAAGCCUGAUAAGAAGAGAAAAUAUGAAUCGCACUUUGAGAUCUUGCACUACGCUGGAGUGGUCCCGUACAAUCUCAAUGGCUGGCUAAACAAGAACAAGGACCCCUUGAACGAAACGGUGGUGGAACUUUUCCAGCAAUCUUCUAAUGAGCUAGUGGCUCUGCUGUACCAGGAUUAUGUCAGCGCCUAUGCAGAACAUGAACAUGCACAACCUGGAGUUAAGGUUAGGAGGAGGAAAGCUGCCUCAUUCCGGACAGUGUCACAGCUACACAAAGAGAAUUUGAAUAAGCUGAUGUCGAACCUCCGCUCAACACAGCCCCACUUUGUCCGCUGUUUAAUUCCCAAUGAGACUAAGACCCCAGGUGUGAUGGAUCCUCACCUUGUUCUUCAACAGCUGAGGUGUAACGGUGUUCUGGAGGGAAUCCGGAUUUGCCGGAUAGGUUUCCCCAACCGUAUCUUCUACGUUGACUUCAAGCAGAGAUACUGGAUCUUGAACCCAAAUGUCCUACCAAAGGAUACGUACGUGGACAGCGUAACAGCAGCAAAGGCACUCCUUGCGUCAUUGGCCAUCGAUCGCAGCCAGUAUCGCCUUGGGCACACAAAGGUAUUCUUCCGAGCUGGUCUGCUGGGUCUCCUGGAAGAAAUGAGAGACAAAAGAUUGGCUAAGGUCCUGACCCUGAUGCAAGCCAAAUGCCGUGGAACCCUGGCACGCUUUGAAUUUAAGAAGUUGGUUAAGAUAAGGAACGCUAUCCAGAUAAUCCAGAGAAACGUCCGAGCUUUUCAGUGGGUGAAGGAGUGGAGUUGGAUGAAAAUGUUUUACAAAAUCAAGCCCUUGCUGAAGUGUGCCGAUGCGGAGAAGCAGCUUCAUCAGCUGAAGGAGUCGCUUGAGAAGUCUGAGUGUAUGAGGAAGGAGAUUGAGGAACUGCGCCAGGAGCUUCUUCAUCAGAAUGAUGAGCUACUUCAGCAACUACAGACUGAUCAGGAAAACCUCGCUGAUGCUGAGGAGAGGUGUGAUCUGCUGGUGAAGGCCAAGCAACAUCUGGAAUGUAAAAUCCAGGAACUCCUGGAAGGUCUGGAGAGUCAGAUGGAGUUGAGCCAAGAGCUGGCCAACAGAAAGCAGAGACUGGAGGAGGAAUGCGGGGAAUUGAAGUCUAGUAUCGACACCCUGGAGAGCACACUGAGCAAAAUGAGCAAGGAGAAACGUGCCUUCGAGAACAAGGUGAGAAACUUAACGGAGGAAACAGCGGAGAUGAAUGCACUGAUUGCAAAGCUGAGAAAGGAGAAGGGAUCUCUUCAGGAAGCCCAUCAGAAUGUCAUGGACGAUCUGCAAAUGGAGGAAGAGAAGGUCAACAACUUAACCAAGGCCAAGGCUAAACUUGAGCAGCAAGUGGAAGAUAUGGCAGUAUUAUUGGAGGAGGAGAAAAAGAUCCGAAUGGAAGUUGAUCGAGCCAGGAAGAAGCUGGAGGAGGACCUGAAGCAGGCGCUUGAAACGCUGACUGACCUGGAGAAUGACAAGGUGCAAAUGCAGGAAAAGCUGAGGAGGAGAGAGUUUGAGAUUGGUGAGCUACAGGCGAGAUUCAGCGAGGACCAGAGUUUAAUCUCAAACCUGCAGAAGAGGCUGAAAGAACUGCAGUCUCAGAACCAGGAGCUGACAGAGGAGUUGGAGAGCGAGCAAGGCGCCCGAGCCAGGAGUGAGCGGCAGCGAGCAGAGCUGGAGCUGAGGCUGCAGGAACUCACUGAGCAGCUCCAGAAGGCGGGAGGGGCAACCAGCGCCCAGGUAGAGCUCAACAAGAGGAGGGAGGCCGAGUGCCAGCGCCUGCAGAAAGAGCUGGAGGAGAGCCGCCUCAGUCAGGAGAAGAUGGCGGGCGAGCUGCGGAGGAAGCAGGCGGGAGCAAUGGGUGAUCUGGAAGAGCAGGUGGACAAGAUGCAACAUGCACGGCAAAGCCUGGAGAAGGAGAGACAGGCCAUGAAAGCGAACAUGGAUGUGAUGGCUUCGAAUAUGGAUCAGCUAGCCAGGGGGAAGGCCGAUUUUGAGAGACGCUGUCACCUCCACGAAGCUGAGGCGAGUGAGGCGAAGCAGAAAGUUGCGGAGCUUCAGGCGGAGCUGAACGAGCUCAGGACACACGCAAUGAGGACAAAAUCCGAGCAGGGAGACCUGUCGCAGCAAGUUGAGGAACGGGACGCAAUAAUCGCCAAGUUCACACGGAUGAAAGCGGCCUUGAACCAGGAGCUGGAGGCCCUGAAGAAUCAGCUGGAAGAGGAAUCGAGGUUGAGGGUAGGAUUAGCCCACAGCCUGCAGGAUGCACGCAAUAACUGUGAUGUCCUCCGGGGGCAGCUCGAGGAAGAACAGGAGGAAAAAGCGAACCUGCAGAAGUCCGCCAGCAAAGCCAACGCAGAGGCGUUACUGUGGAAAACGAAAUAUGAGACGGAGGGAACCCAGAGGCUGGGGGAGCUGGAGGAAGCCAGGAAGAAGCUGGUGGCGCGGCUGGAAGAGGCGGAGCAGAAGGCCGAGGCGGCGAUCAGCAAGUGCGCCUCAGCGGAGAAGGUGAAGAACCGUCUUCAGGCCGAGGUGAAGGACCUGAGCGCCGAGGUGGAGAGGUCACACGCCUCCUCCCUCGCCCUCGAAAGGAAACAGCAGAACCUCGACAAAAUCCUGAACGAGUGGAGGCUGAAACUGGAGCGCUCGCAGGCGGAGCUGGAGGUGGCGCAGGGAGAGACCAGGGAGAUCAGCACGCAGCUGCUGAAGCUCAAGAACACCUUCGAUGAGUCGGUGGAUUUGAACGAGGGGCUGAAAAGGGAGAACACACGCUUGCUGGAGGACGUCGCUUCCCUAACAGAUCAGCUGAGCGAAGUCUCUCAGCACAGUCAUGAGGCAGGCAAGCUUAAGAAACAACAUCAAGAGGAACUGGCUCAGCUGGAAGCUGGCCUGGAAGAUCUCCAGAAUGAGCUGAAGACUUUGGAGAACAGGAACAGCCGUCUUCAGUUGGACCUGACUCAGCUGCAAAGCGAGAAUGAGAGGAAACUGAAGGAGAAGGAUGAAGAGAUAGUCACCAUGAGACGGAGCCACCUGCGCACAUUAGACGUUCUGCAAAUGGACAUGGAGAGGGAAAUAAAGAGUAAAAAUGAAGCUCUCCGAAUCCAGAAGAAAAUGGAGAACGACCUCAACGAGAUGGAGCAGCAAAUGAACCAAGCAAUUCGGCGAGCCAGCGAGCCUCAGAGAGCCCUUCGCAACCUACUCUCCCAAACAAAAGAAUUACAGUCUCAGCUGGAGUCCACUAGUCGGCAGAACGAGGAGCUGAAGGAAGAGUUGAGCGCGGCCAAUCGACGUGGAGCCGUGCUGAGCUCUGAGCUCGAGUCCCUCCGCAGCACGCUGGAGACUGCGGAACGGAAUUGUAAAACUGCGGAACAGGAGCUGCAGGAGGGCAGAGACAGAAUGGAGAUGAUUCUCUCUCAGAACGUGAACCUUCUAAACCAGAAGAAAAAGUACGAAUAUGACAUUGAACAACUGAAUCGACAAGUUGAGAAAUUGGCGCAGGAAUUCAGGGCUGAAGCAGAAAAUUGCAGGAAAGCCAGGACUGAGGUUACGGCACUGACUGAGAAGCUGAACAAAGAGCAAGAAGUCAACUCGUGUCUGGAACACGCCAAAAAGAACCUGGAGCUGAUGGCCAAAGAUUUGCAGGAACGCCUGGAAGAGGCUGCGGUGGGAGCACUGAAGAGCAGCAAGAAGCAGCUACAAAAGAUGGAGACACGGAUUCAAGGGUUGGAGGAGGACGUUUCCAAUGAGAAGAAGAAAAAUGCUGAAUUACAGAGAGGAAUAAGAAAGCAGGAACGUUGUGUUAAAGAACUCAACUUCCAGUCUGAAGAAGAUCAAAAAAAUUUGAAAAGGUUGCAGGAAACCGUUGACCAAAUGCAGCUGAAGAUGAAAAAUUACAAACAGGAAACUGAGCGGGCAGAGGAGCAGGCCAACAUCAAUCUCUCAAAGUUGCGGAAAAUGCAGUACGAGCUGCAAAGUGCAGAGGAGCGAGCGGAGGCAGCAGAAACUCAAGUGAACAAGCUGCGGUCAAAGGGAACCCAAGAUGGCUUCACGACUGGUUAAGAGCUGCCAUUCGGUUGC